AUGGAAAAGGGCCCAGAACCUGGGAGUUUGACUCAACAGGAUGGGCUGGAACUCAUCAGCGUUACUAAGGACGAAUAUAAUAGAUCAAAGAUGUUUAUUGAGAGCCCGGAUGCUAUUAUGGAUGAUUCCGUUUUUUAUCAUAUCAAGAAGGUAAUAUCAUAUCUCUAUUGUCAAGAUAACAUUGAACUUGACUCUAAUAAAAAUUUGGGUAAUAAACAUGUUGGUAAAACAACUGAUGAGUUUGUGAAAAAGUUAAAUAGAAAUGUUUUGAACACACUUGUCGAUGGUUAUGUUGGCUAUUCUUGGCUUUGUGAAGUUUGUGCCUGCUGGAUUGACGAAUUCACCAACUUUAAUAAGGGUUCUUGCAAUUCUGGACUAAAAGAUGAGAAGAUAUUUCACGGAGGAACAGUGAACAUUAUAAAUGAAGCUCUUAUAUCCUAUUUGACAACAAAAUAUGAUACAGAAAAAAUGCGUGUGUAUAUGGAAGACAAGGGAAAUCACGGAAGUUGGAAUCCACCUGAAUUAUAUUGGAAUCUAAUGAAGUCACCUAUGGUAGUAUCGCAAAUGUUAAAGAUUUACAGGGAUAAACCGAAGGAUGAAUUUUUAUCAUCCUGGUAUCAAGAUUAUAUGAAUAAUUUCAAUUCUUACAUCAAAAUGGAAAAAAAUGGAUUGAAAAAUGAAGGAUUAUCUCGUAUAACCAGUAAUUUUAGUGUUUUUACCCUAAGAAUAUCUGAAGAAAUAAGAAAAUUUUUAUUGAAGGAUGAACUGCUAGAUUCCAUUGAUUUUGAUACUUUUGGAUCAAUAAGUCCCUUGUUUUGGCAUGCUGAGAAUGCUUAUAUAUAUUCUCAGGCACUAUUACACUUUAUUUAUCAGUGGAGAAUUGAUUUGAGAGGUUGUAGAAGAUUAUCUCAACUUAUAUCUAAGGCUACACUUCAUCCAAAUAAUGAUUCACUCAAUACUACAAGCAAUAAUGAGCAUUUAUUAAUUGAUUGGUCCGUAUCCCAGAUUCAUUUACUGAUGACAAACUUCGCAAGAUUUCCGACUUUGCAUACAUCUUUUAAAAGACUAACGUCAGUUCAUCAAACUAAAAAUUCCCACCUAAACAGUCAAGAUGUAUGUGAUUUUUCCGAAGAAUUGACUAGAACAUUAAGUGCAUUUGAUAAAUAUGGGUUUUUGCUAUUUGAGCGCCAGCCAUCCGAACCGAAACUUAUAAAUUUAAAUGAAGACAAAGAUUCGACCCCUGAUGAAUUUUUUGACCAAUCAGUAUCUCAGUACGGUGAUACUAAAAAGAGAAAUGAGUAUAUGCGCCUAAGGAAUGCACCAGAAAUGCCACCACUGGAAGCAAUUCGUGAGAGUAAUUUGCUAAAUUUAUUGAUUGAUGAUUUCUCAAGUAAACACAUUAUUCUGGAUUCUUACAGUGUAAAACAAUACACAAAUUUACUCGCUUUGCUCACAAUAAUAUCACCAUAUGAAAUGCUCUACUUUCAUUACGAGGAGAAAAUUUGUAGCGUUAUCAAGAGAAUGCCUCAACGUGAGGUUUGGCAACAGUUUUACUUACCAAACGAUGAAGAUCCUUUGGAACAGAUGGAAAAUAACAGAGAUAAUGGUGUUGAAAAUAAUUUUGAUUAUGAAAGUUAUGAUUCAAAUUCUGAUAUAUUUGAUAUGGAACCCCCAUCCGUUAGUGAUGAUGAGAUAAAUAUAGAUGACCAAAUUUCUGAUUCUUCCUUACCUAGUGACAACCGAAAUAGUAGUAAGAGUCAUAGGUCAGGAAUACACAAAGCUUGGAAUAGUAAUACUAACUCUCCAGUGACAUCCUCAGACUCUAUCCUGUCCUCAAAGGAUCUAUCGCAAGUUACAGCAUAUCGAAUGGAUCAUAUUACUACUGAAAAAAUGGACGAUUCUUGUGAUAUUGGUAAAUUAGAUGAUGGAAAACACCCUGAUUAUGACAUUGAAAGUGAAUAUAUGGAAAUUAAAAGCACUCUAGAAAGUGCUAUAUACAAUAACCUCAAUGAAGAAAGUAGACUAGGACCUUCUAGAAAUAUAUCUAAGAAAAGAAUUGAUGAAAUGAGGGAUUUGUAUUCAUCAUUUAGAGCAAAAUUUAACAAGUUAAAAGUAGUAGCAAUGAAUGAAUUAUACCAGUUAUACUUCUUGAUUCGUAGCCAAGAGAAGAAUAGAGUGGAGUCUGAAUAUGAAAUGCACAAUUUUAUUACAACAAACAUCGCAGCCUCUGUAGUUAUAGCAUAUAUAACACAGGAAGUUAAAAUUAAGGGGAGCAUAAACGCACUUUGUAAUAUAAAAAUUCUACUUUUGAAAAAUAUCGCAAACAGACAUCCGGUUAAGAGGAACGUUAUUGUUUUACUUCUUAGAGAUAUUUGUAAGUGUUAUGUUAGUGAGGAUAUCGAAGAUGGAAACAAAAAAUUGGAGAGAUUGGAAGCUAUAGUUGACCUAUUGGUUUACAUUGCAAGAUUUGAAAAACAAUGUAUACCAACAAUUGCUAUAUUCGAUUCCAUAAUGAAUCUUGUUGAUCGCAGUAUAAGCCGAACAUUCAUUUCUAAUAUAUUGAAAUAUUGCGGCCCACCAUAUUCCUUAGAGUUUUCACUUGUGCUAGCUAAGCUCAUAGAAAAUUUCAUCAAUUUGGGUAAAAAUGGAAUCUACAAUCUAAAGAAUGAAAAGGAAUCCAUCCUAAUUAAGAAAUUUAUCAAACCAUUUGUCCAUGAGUGUCUGAUGAAUCACUAUAACAAUUCCGAACUCAUUCGAAUAUCCAAAGGAUGCAACGUCCUGUAA